CCACCACACCAUCAGCAACAUGUCGCGCCGCUCGCGCUCCCCCUCUCCGCGCAAGCGGCCCAAAAUAUUCCGUGCGUGCGCCGCAUGCGUGUCCUCAAAGACACGCUGCGAAGACGUCACGUCAGGCGGGUGCGCGCUAUGCCGUCGCCGAGGCAAGCCGUGCUCCUUAUCAGCCGUGGUGGGCGGCUUCGACAACAACCUGAGCGGGGUGAGCACGCCUGCGCCGGUCUCGGCGGCUGCAGUGGGGCGCUCAGCUGGGUCCUCAGCCGACGAGGAUGUGCGUGCGCGGCUAGCGGACGCUGAAGCGCGGCUGGCACGCACUGAGCGCGCCCUCGCCGAUCUCGAAGCCCGCGUCUCCGGGGCGGGCACCAGCACCAGCGGAAGCUAUCAUCCACACUACCGCAUCCCGGAGGAGGAGAGGCACGUUCUAUUCGCUGGACCACUCCGCCUCUCCGCUCUCCAGCUCGAGGGGCACGACGAGACACUCUGGAGCGUUGCCUGCACCCGCGCAUACCCCGAUCCCGUGGGGCGCGGCCUCCUCUCGCCCGCCGAGGCAGAGCUCGCCUGGCACGGCUUCAAGGCGCGCGCCGCCCGCCUCCUCCCCAUCCCGCCUUUUACAGCCGUGUCCACCCCGCUCCCGGGGCACGGGUUCGUGCUCCUCGCCGCACUCCACCACGUCCCCGCGCUCGUCAAGGACCAGCGCGCACUGCGCGGCUUGGUCGACGAAUGUAUGGCGCUUGCGAUGGGCAGUCAUGCCAGCGUCGACGUGGUGCUUGCUCUCCUAAUAAUGAGCUUGGCCCCGCCGCUGCCGGAUGACGGGGCCGAGGGCGCACCAAUCACGCCAACGGCAUGGCGCAUGGUAUCACUCGCCAGGAGCAUGUGUCUUGCAAUGGGGCUGGAGGCGCGCGCGCUCGCGGCUGUGCGGAAGGGCGAGGAACUCAACGACGCGGUGUGGGCCGACAGUCUGUGGCUUUUGCAAUUGUGGUGCGCCGUGUCUAACCGCUAUGCGCUCCUCAGCCUGAUGUACCCGCAACCUGCGCCACCCACACCCCUCGCCCUCCGUCUCCCACGCCUCGUGCGUGAGCAGCUCGAGGCGGCUAAUGUGCAUCUCCGUAGCGAGGCACACCUUGUCAUGGCGUUCACGCCGUUUGUGACGCGCUUCGCUGCCGUGGAGCGCGAGAGCGAGUGGAAUCACGAGGAUAUGCGCGAUCUGGUCGCGGCAUGGGACCAGGCGAAGGACGCUGCAGCUGAUGUGGCGGCUGCGAAUCCUCAAAGCCCCUCCAUCGGCAUGGACGCGCGCAUCAUCGAGUUCACCUUGCACAUCCGCAUCGCCCUAUUUCUCACGUGGCUCCCCUCCCCGCUGAAAGACAUGCGUGAGACCGUCCUGCAGUGCCUCCGCAAGUUCCCGCGCAACAUGACUGCGGUGCUGGACAUCGUGACGCCGGCACGCGACUCGCCCUCACCCAUCCUCGACACCGCCCUCAUACCAGAGUACGCCGUGCUCAUCGCCGCCGCAGCCGUCAUCGUGUUCAGGCGCAGCGUGCGCUACGUCGCGACGGCGUACCCUGACGCGAAGCUGAUCGAGGGUGGGCGGCUGGACGACGCGGCGCGCAGUGUGCGCACGCUCGGCCGCGCCGCACGCUUCAUCAUCACCGAGGGCGAGAAGCUGCUCGCCGACGCCGACGCACAUACCGAUCUUGCUGAGGCGCUGUGGCCUGGACACGCGGUACCAGGCCAGAACAUUAUCGACUUUGAUCUCAUGAGCUUCGAUCUGAGUGUGCUGUAUCCCGACAUUAUUGGUUCAAUGGAGAUGGGGCUGUAACGUGUGGACAGUGGAUUGAGGGGACGAGACAAGUGUUGAGAGACAAGUCCAUGUAUCCAAUUUCAGCAA